GUCGUCCAAGUGCGGUCUCUGUUCCGUCGAACUUCACGUACGGAAUUUUUCCUAUUUCACCGUAAGUUUGAUUGAGGUAAGCGGAUUGCCACCGCGUUCUCGCCGCUCUUGGUGAAGCAUCAAACGCGAACACAUCUUUCGUUAAUUUUAACCCAAAGGCUAUUUAUAAAAAUGAAUUUGGGUAGAAGUUUCGCUCGGCUCCGCUCUGUUUCUGCCAGAUCCAUGUCCGAGAACACUAACUUGUUGUUUAUUUAAUUCAGUUCGAGCUUUCCUCCGAGUUUUACGUGUGAAUUUUACAAAUUUCUCGCGUGAUUGACUUUCUUUUUACAUUUUUUUUUCUGUGACCAGUCACCCCCUUUGAUAAGUUAUAUAUUCGUCCUGUCGCCAUAAUCCUGUCGGAAACAUAACUAGGAGAAAAUACAAACGUAAUCUCGUAUAUUUGUACCUGUGUAAAGUGGAUACCUCACGAGGAUAACGCUAAGGAGCGAGCCAGCCAGGCAGGGACAAGCAACCCAUCGGACUGUAUUGCUGCAUCCGGUGAAAAUUUAAUCAAGAAAAGUGUUCAGCUUGAAAAAUUACCGUGGAGUGUGGAAGUUGAUUUGUUGUUUGAAAUUCGUAGUCAAGGGAGGUAAAGUGCCGGGGACGCAUCAUAAGGCGGGAAUAUGACAACGCGUGGCAUCCGCCGGAAGAAGUCCUCGCUCACUGAAGUGAAAAUAGCAGUUCUCGGUGCACCUAGCGUAGGAAAAAGCGCACUAAUUGUUAGAUUUCUGACAAAACGAUAUAUUGGCGAAUAUGACCACCAAACAGAAAAUCGAUACAAACACGAAGCCAUGGUGGAUAGUGAACCAAUUCUAUUUGAAAUCCUGGACACAUGCCCUAAGGCAGGCGAAGACGAGCUACCAAACACAGCAGAGAUAGUACAAUGGGCGGAUGGGUUACUCCUAGUCUACUCCAUAACCGACAGAUACUCCUUCAAUUACAUCCGCAAAGCUAAAGCCGAUUUACAUUCAGAUACACCCGUUGCGCUCGUUGCCAACAAGGUGGAUAUGGUCCACUUACGACAGGUGAGCACGGAGGAAGGCGACAUCUUGGCCAAGGAUUUUGAUUGUAAAUUUUGCGAGGUGUCAGCAGCAGAACAUGUGGGUCAGGUGGCGGAUGCUUUCCAGGAUCUAUGCCGGGAAGUGCUCGCGUCUCGACGAAAAUCAAAACAAAGUCUUCUGGAUCGGAUGCUGGGCGGAACGCGAGCUUAUAGUAGAGGGAAGAGCGAUAGUGCGCUACCAAAAGACUGAAGACGUUCAACUUUUUUAAUUAAAAUUUAAUAUGUAUGCGAAUUAUCCAAUAAUUAUUAUCUAUCCACACUAGCACGCGGUGUAUAGGUUUAGAGAAUUUAAUUAAAGCAAACAUGUGGUGUAAGAUGAGGACGAACUAGAAUGCUAAGACGCUGAAAUGAGACACUUUUAACACGAAAUAAACAAGAAACUUGUAUAAAAUUGA